UGUAUUCUAAGACAAGGACAUUUUUUGAUUAAUCAUUUAAUAACGUACCGUCGUUAAUAUAGUUUUGCGAAUAUUUCGUACGAUAAAGGAAAAUGAUAAACGCAGAAAUCACCGAUAUUGAAGUGCAUAAUGUAAGCUUUCCGACAUCAACACGAGCUUUCGGAAGCGACUCAAUGCAUGGCAAACCCAAUCAUGCUUGCACAUAUGUAAUAAUCCACACUAACACGCAGUUUAAAGGAUAUGGCAUUACAGCGACUUUAGGAAGAGGAAAUGAAUUUGUGGUGUUAGCGUGCAAGCUCAUGUUCGAAGAUCACGUGAAGGGACAAACGACAACAGAGAUCUACUCUGAUUUUGCGUCAUUUUGGAGAAAGUUAACGAAUGACGUGCAAUAUCGAUGGAUCGGGCCAGAGUGCGGUGUGGUACAUUUAGCCACAGCAGCUAUCGUGAACGCAUUGUGGGACUUGUGGGCACGUAUAGAGGAUAAACCUCUUUGGAAGUUGCUCACAGACAUGUCGCCUGAACAGCUCGUUUCCACGAUGGAGUUUAAAUAUAUUAGAGACGUGAUAACCGAGGAGGAAGCAAUAAAAAUACUUAAAGAGCAAUUGCCAUAUAAAGAGCAAUACGAGAAGCAUCUACUGACAAAAGGAUAUCCAGCAUAUACCGCUGAUAUCGGAUGGUGGAAUUAUAGCAAUCAACAGAUGAGAAGUGCCUCUAAGAAAUUCCAAAAACUCCGUUUUAAGGAAUACAAGACGUUUGUGGGUAACACGAUUUCUGAAAGCUGUCAGAGAUGCAUUCUGUUACGCCAUGUAUUGGGCAAGAAGAAGAAAAUAAUAAUAGACGCGAGUCAAUUCUGGGAUCAGGACGAAGUGGAACAUGUUGCGAAACGUUUGGCACACUAUCGGAUUUUUGGUAUCGAAGAUCCGUCAUCUCCCGAUGAUUUUUUAGCGUAUACCGAGAUGCGCGAUGAGUUAAAUUAUCGAUUAAUAUACAAAGUUGAAGUGACCUGCGGUGAAAUAUGCGCAAACCGUGUCCAGUUCAAGCAGUUCUUGAAAAAUGCCGCGAUCAAUUACUGGAAUCUCAACGUAGGGAGACUCGGCGGAGUUAACGAAGCCCUAGUUGUAUGUUUAAUGGCAAAAAAACAUAACAUACCUGUAUGGGGACAUGCUGGUGGAAUAGGCUUAGGCGAAAUGAAUCAGCAUCUUCAAAUAUGGAGCUUCAUCUGCUUGGGGAAUCAUAAUGCUAAGAUGGAAUAUGUAAGUCAUCAGCAUGGAUAUUUUGAAAAUCCUGUACACGUGAGCAAUUUUCAUUUCGUCCUGCCUAAACGUGCUGGAUUUUCAACUAAGCUUAAAGAUAAAUGUAUUGUACGAUGGUCUUACCCAGAAGGUUCACGAUGGAAGGAUUUAUUUAAAACAGUUUAAAACAGUUUUUCCAGAACAAAUAUUGAAUAACGAAU